AUGAAAUCAAUUUUGAAAAAGCGUGAUGUGCAAAAUGGUGGUGGUGCAUCAUCACCAAUGAUUAAUCGUAGUGGAUGUAAUUCCGUCGAGGAUUGGUCAUUAGUUCAAUCAUCAAACCGGGCAACAACACCAGCAUUUCCGGUACGUCGAGAAACACCACAACCAUUUCAUCCACUUCUAUUUGAGGGUGCAAAAGAUGUUGCACCACCAAUUCAACCAAUUAAUAAUAUUACUUACAGGUCAUCAUCACCACGUUCUGUUUAUUAUGCACAAAGUCAUCGUACAUCAAUUUCUUCAACUGGUAUGUUUUAG